AUGAAAUCAACAGACACUCAAGCAACAGACACUCAAGCAACAGACACUCAAGCAACAGACACUCAAGCAACAGACACUCAAGCAACAGACACUCAAGCAACAGACACUCAAGCAACAGACACUCAAGCAACAGACACGCAAGCAACAGACACUCAAGCAACAGACACUCAAGCAACAGACACUCAGACAACAGGGGCUCAGGCAACAGACACCCAAGCAACAGAAACUCAAUCAAUGGGAACACAAGCAAUGGGAAAUCAAUCAACAGAAACUCAAGCAAUGGAAACUCAAGCAACAGGAACUCAAUCAACAGAAACUCAAUCAAUGGGAACUCAAGCAACAGAAACUCGAGCAAUGGAAACUCAAGCAAUGGGAACUCAAGUAACAGAAACUCAAACAAUGGGAACUCAAGCAACAGAAACUCAAACAACAGAAACUCAAGCAAUGGGAACUCAAGCAACGGAUACUCAAGUAACGGAAACUCAAGCAAUGGGAAGCCAAGCAAUGGGAACUCAAGCAACAGACACUCAACCAACGGGAACUCAAGCAACAGACACUCAACCAACGGGAACUCAAGCAACAGAAACUCAAGCAACAGAAACUCAAGCAACAGAAACUCAAACAACAGAAACUCAAGCAACAGAAACUAAAGCAACAGGAACUCAAGCAUCAGACACUCAAGCAAUGGGAACUCAAGCAUCAGACACUCAAGCAAUGGGAACUCAAGCAGCAGAAUUCAAGCAAUGGGAACUCAAGCAAUGGAAAGAACUCAAGCAACAGAAACUGAAGCAAUGGGAACUCAAGCAACAGAAACUCAGGCAACAGAAACUCGGGCAACAGAAACUUAAGAAAGAUAAGGAUGAGACAAUGGAAACUGUUCGAUCAGACCCGCAGCGGUCUGUCACAUUGACGGUACCGGGACGUGGUGAUGCUGAAGAGGAAUCACAACCAGUUGGCUCUCCAGAGGCAGAUGCUGUGGCUAUGGACACGAAUAUAUCACUGCCUGCAAAGAAGUGGUAUGACGAUAUUGAGGAGGCGCCGGACGUCAUACAGAGGCACCCGGCACGCGAAGACGGCCAAAUAAUUGCUGAAGACGCGGCGCUCGUCAUGGCGACCGAGAAGAGCGCGUCCAUUUGUCUCGCCGCCUGGCGGGCGGACCAGUUCUGCGCGGCGCCGUUGCUCGCGUGUGGCGCUCAUAAAAAGUACCGCAGGGAGUGCCCGCGCUAG